CUCCUCCCAGCCGGGGAAUUUUGUGGAGGGCCUGGAGAACCUCGUGGGAGCCGUCCGGAUUUCGGGAAGGCUGGCGGGGACACCCGCAGGGCUCCGGGUUUAAGCCACCUGUCCUUUAACCCUGCCAGCACUGAGUCCCUGGGGCUGGACAGCCCAGCUGAGGAUGGCAGUGACCCGGGGAAGAGGAAGAGGAGCAGCAUUCCCCCAGAUGGUGGCAGAAAUCUGAGCCUGGAGUCCAUUCUGAUGGGAUUGCCAAUGUCCGACCCGAGCGCCUGGGCCACGGCCAUGAACAACCUGGGCAUGGCUCCCAUGGGCAUGACAGGACAGCCCCUCCUGCCUGAUUUUGACCCUGCUCUUGGGAUGAUGACUGGAAUCCCCCCGAUCAACCCCAUGAUGCCAGGCCUGGGGAUUGUGCCACCUCCCAUCCCUCCAGACAUGCCAGCCGUGAAGGAGAUCAUCCACUGCAAGAGCUGCACUCUGUUUCCCCCCAACCCACAUCUUCCCCCUCCAGCCACGAGAGAGAGGCCCCCAGGCUGCAAGACAGUGUUUGUAGGAGGGCUGCCAGAGAAUGGGACAGAGCAGAUCAUCAUGGAGGUGUUUGAGCAGUGUGGGGAGGUCAUCGCCAUCCGCAAGAGCAAGAAGAACUUCUGCCACAUCCGCUUUGCUGAGGAGUUCAUGGUGGACAAGGCACUUUACCUGUCUGGGUACCGCAUCCGGCUGGGCUCCAGCACGGACAAGAAGGACACGGGCAGGCUGCACGUGGACUUUGCGCAGGCGCGGGAUGAUCUGUACGAGUGGGAGUGCAAGCAGCGCAUGCUGGCGCGCGAGGAGCGGCACCGGCGCCGCCUGGCCGAGGAGCGCUUCCGCCCGCCCUCGCCGCCCCCCGUCGUGCACUACUCCGACCACGAGUGCAGCGUGGUGGCCGAGAAGCUCAAAGAUGACACCAAGUUCUCAGAAGCCAUCCAGACCUUGCUGACCUGGAUAGAACGUGGGGAAGUGAACAGGAGAACUGCCAACAACUUCUACUCCAUGAUCCAGUCAGCCAACAGCCACAUCCGCAGGCUGGUCAACGAGAAGGCAGCUCACGAGAAGGAGAUGGAAGAGGCUAAAGAGAAGUUCAAGCUGGCUCUCUCAGGGAUCCUGGUGCAGUUCGAGCAGAUAGUGGCCGUGUACCAUUCUGCCUCCAAACAAAAGGCUUGGGACCAUUUCACGAAAGCUCAGCGUAAGAACAUCAGCGUGUGGUGCAAACAAGCAGAGGAGAUCCGUAACAUCCACAAUGAUGAGCUGAUGGGCAUUCGGAGGGAGGAGGAGAUGGAAAUGUCUGAUGAAGAAAUAGAGGAUCCAUCAGAGAUGAAAGAAACAGAAGAGUCAGCGCUGGUGUCACAGGUGGAGGCGCUGAAGGAGGAGAACGACAGCCUGCGCUGGCAGCUGGACGCCUACCGCAACGAGGUGGAGCUGCUCAAGCAGGAGCAGGGCAAGGCCUCCAGGGACGAGGACACCACCAAGGAGCAGCAGAUGAAGCUCCUCCAGCAGGCUCUGCAGGGCAUGCAGAAGCAUCUUUUGAAAGUCCAAGAGGAGUACAAAAAGAGAGAAGCUGAGUUGGAAAAAGUGAAAGAAGACAAACUGAAAGUAGAAACGUUGCUAGAAAACCUGAAGGAGCAGCAGAGCAUGGCAGAUGAAGAGGACAAGGAGGUAGAUGUAGCUGACUGCCAAGGGAAUGAGAGCAGCACAUCCCGAGUUUGUGCCUGCAACCAGGAGAAAGAAUGUCCUGUGGAGAAGAGCUUGAGCAACAGCCCUGUGAAAUCUGAACGGGAAGUUCUAUUGGUUGGGAUAAUUUCAACCUUUCUCCACGUGCAUCCCUUUGGGGCCAGCAUUGAGUACAUCUGCUCCUACCUGCAGCGCCUGGACAGCAAGAUCUGCACUGCUGAGGUGGAAGUUCUCAUGACAAGGCUGCAGAACACGUUCCGCCAGGAGCUCAGCGGGGUUGGGGCCAGCCUGGAGAAGAGGUGGAAGUUUUGUGGCUUUGACGGGUUGAAAAUGACUUGAGCCCUGACUUCACUCUGGAAGCAGUGGGAUGUGGAUGCUGAGAAAACCUGGGAUGCUCCUCCCUGUGUUCUGAUGAUUCCCUCACACCACAGCCUCCGGGGACAAAGUAAAAGUGAAACCAAGUCCAGAGCACCACUGGAAGAACCUCCAAGUUCUGCAGCUCCUUUGAUCAGUUAUUUGUUAAUGGGCAGGUGCUGUUCAAUAUAUUUGGGGGAAAAAAGCUCUUGCCUGACCCUUUGAUGCACAGUGUGUAGACUCUGUGUUCUGCCAAUGUUGUAUGUGCUUGUGUGCCCAAAUUCCUCUUCAACCUUCUUUCUGCUAGGAGCAGCCACAGACUGUCCUGAAGCAACAACAAAGGGGCAUCUUCUCAUCUUCUGGUUUCUAGGUCACCAAAAGGGGAAAAAAAAGAGGCAUUUUUUAGAUAUUUCUAUGAGUGAAAACCAAGGUAUGUUUAAACAGAAGAUUUAGAUGGCUCAGGGGCCUCUGAGCCAAGGAAUUGGGGUUUUUUUUGUGCUGUUUUCUCUGCAGUUAAGCUGAGGUGGGGGCAGAGGGAGAUUCUGACAGUGCCACUCGUGCUCUGGGUCAGUUUGUACAGAAUCUUUUAAUAGGAAAAGUGUUCCAUUUUCUGGGGGUGUGGAUGGAGCAGAGCUAUAUCAACCUGGCUUUUGGUGAUUUUUACCACCCAGUUCCUCCCCCCACUUUGCUUUGGAGCCCAAGCUGAAGCAGCACAGACUCCUCUGCUCCUGCACCUUGCCAGCACUGUUGCUCACGUUCCCAGUGCAUGCCAGGCUCCUGCCCAGCUGUGCAGAGGUGCAAGGUGGCACAGCUCAGCCCUUCCCAGCAGCCUGCCCAGAGCCCUCUGCAUCCUGCCCACAGCAUCCCCCAUUCCCAACCUGGUGUCACCUGCAGAGCUCAGUGUUCCUGUUCUGCACAUCCCAGAUGUUCCGAGCACAGCUGUCCCAGUUCCAACCCCUCCUGUUUGCUCCCCAUGCCCCAGGUGUUGGUGCCCUUCACUUGGGCUACUGAUCCCCCCUCAUCUUUGGGGGAGAGGCCCCAGUUCCUGUGUUCCUGUUCUCAGGCAUUUCCCCAAUGUGUGACAUUCCCCAACGCUGGUGCCAUCCUGCCAGGUGCUUUUCCACCCUGUGCCAUGCCAGGGUGGUGCCCAGGUGAGUACAGGGACGUUUCUGGGGUUUUCUGUGUGCCUGCCACAGACACCUGGUGUUGUGUGAACCAAUUCCUCAUCCAAAAUUCCACUGGUGACACCAGGCUUGGAGCCAGGUCUUGACCUGCUGGCUCCGUUUCUUCCCUCCCCAUUCCCUGCAGUGGGAGGGGUAGAGGAGAGCACCCCCUGUGCUCCUGCUCCCUUCCCCCCUCAUCCCAAGGCCCUGAGGUCUCCCCAGAUCCCUUGGAUUUCUCCCUGCACCUUCGUCCUCCAGCCCAGAUGAACCAUCCUCCUCCUCCUCCUUCUCCUCGUUGUUGCUGCCACUGACACCAGUUCUCCCUGGGCACUGAGGUGGUCACAGAGGAGACACCUCUGCUGUGCCAGGUGGCAUUGUGGCACCUGUGCCACUCUGGGCACAACCAGGGUCCCUUGGUGUGUACUCAGUGAGAGCUCUCCUUGGGAAGAUCAGGGGAGAAACUUCAGGAGCCAGGACAACUCCAGAGCCCUGAGAACAGCUGUGGCUGGAGCAGCCCAGAGCCAGGGAAGGCUCCAGGGACCAGUGGAGCCAGGGGGGAUCAUUGGGGCCAGGGGGAUCAGUGAGAUCACAGGGCUGGGCUCCCCAGCGUGGCAGCUCCUGCAGCACAAGCACUCGCUGGCUCCCAGGUUUUGCUGGCUGUGGGCUGGGGCUGGGGCACCGUGGGCAGCCAGAGCCCCCUCCUGGCGGCUGAGAGGGCUGGGGCUGCUGGAGAGACUGGGCAGGUUGUUCCAUGGGGCAGCAGGAGGGACAGGAGCCAGGAGCUGUGGAGCAAUGGCUAGUGCUGUGAAAGUGAGUCAGGGCUAGAGCACCCCAGGUCCUGCUGCUUCCCCUUCCAGGACCUUUCCAGAGGGGCUGAGGUUUCUUCCAGGAGGAAUCCAUCCUGCAGAUGGGCUGCUGAGGUGACAGCCAGGGGUGGGUGGCACAGACCUUCCCUUGGGACUGGGCUGUUCCCACCUGGGCUGUUGCUCUGCCUGCUCCCAACACUGAGCACUUGCUACACUGGGAGCAGAUAAAAACCCUUUAAAAAUGUUCUAAAGAGUUGUGUCGCUGCAGAUGAAUGCUGUAUUUUUAAGGAAUAAACAUUUUUUAUGGGCAAA